AUGGCCACCGAACUGGGCAAACUUGUGGAUUUUGCUGUCAAGCAACGUAACCAGAAGGACCGGACGGGAGACGGGCUCAUCGCUGCAGACCACGCUGUGCAGAUUGUUGCUGAUGUUUUGUCUGUGCGGCCCGAAAGCCGCGCGGGGGACGUGAGGACCACCUCGUGCUCGUAUGGCAUUCUGAUUCCGCACAGGGAAGAUGAGUACCCAGAAAUGCCGGCAGGGUGGGAGCAAGAAAUGCCAUACCCGGCGAACAAGCACAAGGUUUUCACCAAGUAUUGGCUGGGCCGCAUGCAGUAUCGCAAGAAAAAAUAAACUGUGUAUAGUUUAACGCUGUAAUGCAGAACAUGCAACAGAAUUACUUUACACCUGUGCCUGUCAUGCCAGACAGCCAUCAAGUCCUCUUCUCGUGCGUGUUUUCCCUUACAACAAGCCACGCAUGACAGGUUAUUUUCUCUGUCAUGUAGUGUAAAUUUGUAAUGCUGUCAGCCAAUAAAGAAAGUUACACUACCACAGUUUUUUUCGCACGAUAUGCAUGGGACACAAGGUGCAGAGCCUGCGGGUGAACAUCAACCCGUAGCACAACCACCGCCAGAAGACCCGAUCCUUGUGUCUUUCUUUUGCCACUGCGUGCUGGUGCAGUGGAGGGAGCUAUUCGUGGAGCGGGUUUUGCACCCAUUGUCGGCGAAGGUGGAAGAGAUUGUCGAACCGCGCGAAAUCCGGGAGAAGCUAGCCGCGAAAAUAGCAGAGGCCGAACAAGAACUUAUUCAUCGUGCGUAAAGCUGAGCUGGUGCGGAGGGGUGCGCCAUGAAAUAGCUGGAGCAGUGUUUCUGAUAAAGGAAAAAAACUAGAACUAGAAGUGCCGAGCGUCACCUCCAAUAUUAUGUUCAUCAGGCCCGAUAGAAGUUGCUGCAUCUGCAACCGCAAAACCGAUGGUGCCGUGUCAAACAAAGCGGUGAAGGGGGAUGGUUUUAGAUGGUUUUGAAGGUGGUAAAAGAAUAUGGUUUUUCAGUGUUUGCAAUCAUGAAUUAUUGCGGCGCUCAUGUGGUUGUGGUUCGUUGAUUUCGUUUAGAGCGAAAAAAUGAAAAAGUCUCGUCUUGCAAGAAUAAGAAUGGAUCAUGUUGAAAAAUACAAAUCUGUGCAGCUGCAAGUGCAACCGAUACCGAAUAAAACUCAUCUAGAC